AUGUCUUAUCAACCUAACCAACCUCCGUACGGAGGAUAUGCUCCCCAGUACGGACAACAAGGCCCUCCCUCAGGACCUCCACCCCAGGGCUAUCAGCAGCCUUACGGUGUCCCUCCCCCGCAGGGCCAAUACCCCCCUCCGCAAGGCCAAUACCCCCCACCCCAACAGGGCCAUUAUCCCCCACCCCAACAAGGCCAAUAUGGUGCGCCCCCUCCACAGGCAGGUCAGUACGGCGCGCCACCUCCUCAACCCCACGGAUACCAUGCUCCGCCUGCGCAACCUCCAUACGGUCAGCAGCCGUAUGGUUAUGCCCCUCCAGGUCAACCGCCCGCGGGUGGGCCCGGGUACCCAGCUCCGGGCCAACCACCCGUUGGAUACGGCGCACCACCACCUGGAGGCGCCUUUCCGCCACAGGGUCCUCCAGCACAACCGUCUCUCGGUUACAUUCCUGGCCAAGUAGCGCCAGGUGACUUCCGCCCCCAAGCAGAUGCGCUUCGCAAAGCAAUGAAGGGAUUCGGCACAGACGAGAAGGCUCUGAUUGCAGUUCUCUCACAACUCGACCCGCUCCAGAUGGCUGCUGUCCGCGAGGUAUAUUCCAAGCAACUCGGCCGCGAUUUGAUCAAGGAUGUCAAGUCCGAGACAGGCGGGGACUUCCGCGACGGCCUACUUGCCGUGAUAGACGGACCGCUUAUGCAUGAUGUCGAGAGCUUGCACUCGGCAAUUGAUGGCGCUGGCACAAAGGAGUGGCUACUCAACGAGAUCCUGCUCGGCCGUUCCAACGCUGAUAUCAACGCUAUCCGGACCGCCUACGAAAUGAGACACAGACGUUCGCUUGCUAAAGACGUCGAAGGCGACCUCUCCUUUAAGACGUCCACUCUUUUCAAAAUUGUCCUUCAUGCUGCUCGCCACGAGGAGUCUACCCCUAUCAACCCGCAAACCAUUGAUACAGACGUUCGCUCCCUGCAAGGGAAGAAUGUCACAGACGUGUGCGCAAUCUUUGCCAAGGCGUCCAAUGCCGAGCUCCGCGCUAUUAGCCAGAGCUUCGAGUCACGCUACCAUAUCCCCCUCGAGAAGCAUAUUGAGAAGGAAUUCUCGGGCCACAUGGAAGAUGCCUUGCUCCUGAUGCUCCGCUCGGCUACGGAUCCUGCCAUGCGUGAUGCUAUCCUACUCGAGGAAUCCAUGAGCGGCAUGGGCACCAAGGACGAGCGUCUUAUUGUCCGUGUUGUCCGAGCCCACUGGGAUCGCAACCACAAGGAGAUGGUCAAGCGCGCUUACAAACACAAGUUCGGGCAGAACUUGAUUGACCGGGUGCGCAGUGAGACUUCGAGUGAUUACCAGCGGUUGAUGGUUGCUCUUCUUGAGUAG